AUGUGGCCAGACUCCUCUCCAGCAUGGCGCAAACGACAGCCCAACACCAAGCCGAGGCUAGGAAUCAAUCAUAAUCCGCCCAUCGACCCCUCCACAUCCUCCAGUACCCCAGCCAGCAAAGCUACAGACCCAUUCUUCCCAAUUGUCGACCCACUGAUCUUCGUUGAGCGACAAGUCGAGGACGAAGAAGGCCUAGCUGGUGAAGAUGAGACAGCCCCUGCGGUGACGUACAAUAAUGGCCUGUGGACGCCGCCUGCAUCAAUGUCCAUCGCUACACCGACACCACCUGGUUUUACCGCGACCAUCCUACUUGCACCAACUAGCGCCAGCGAAGAUCUCGAAAUGUCCAAGGAACUGCCUACCUCCUCUCUCCUAUCCUCACGACCUAGCGCUACACUUACAUCUCAGCACACCUCUUCACACGACUCCUCGUCUGAACUGUCUUCCACUUCCUCUUCGACCUCGAGCACAUCUAUUCCCUCGGCGCUACCCAACAAAACAGGACACGGAAGCAAUGGAGGGUUCAAGCUAAUCUACCUCACCCCGAUCUUUGCUUUUGUCGGCUUGCUCCUGAUAUUCUCCAUUGGCGGUCCUUCCAAACGUGCUCGAUACGACGCUCGAGCAUCACGCCAAGCUAAAAAACGUGAGAUGCAGGCCAUCACGACCAUGUGGGGCUACGAUCGAACACCUGUGCUCCCAGACGAGCUCGAGCCCGGGCAGCACGAUCUCCACUACUCCGAUCCGAGCAAGCCUAAACGGCAAAAAGGAAGUAAGUUGGGUGACGAAGGGGAUAGCUCAUUCGGUAGUGAUUCAGAAAGUGGCGUAGGAAGUAGAGAUAAGGAGAAUGAGAGAUACCCUGGCACGUUCAAAAUCUUGUCCUUAGCUCUGCUAGGAGAAGGGAGCAAGCCCGAACCACCCCAGACAAGAGGCGAGGGUGGACGGAAAUACGAAACAGGAGUUCAAAAUAAUAGCUGGUUCGCGGUCAAGAUCAAGCGUUGGGUUGGAGUGGAUCCUCAACAGAUUCAAGCUGCCGAUGAAGGAAAGUAUACAGUGGGACCGAACAAGCAAGGUUCUCGUCGAUUGGAACAUGCACUCAAGAUGAAGUACAAAGCAGAGUUUGAAGCAGUCGAUCUUGAUGCACCCACAUGUACUGAUGGACGAUACACAAGCCUCAGCCGGGAUAUUGCAGAAGAAGACAUUGAUGAUCCAUUCCUGACAAAGCAACCCAGCUUGGGAUGGCGCAAACCACUUUCACCACAGCCCAAAGAAUCGCCCUUCCGCCCAGCAAUCCUCAACUUUGGUCUUCGUUCCAGAUCGAAGACCUACGAUGCUGUCUCACCCGCUCCACAGGACGAUACUCCAGUCAAAGCAAGCCGCUUCUACACUACCUCGAAUGCACAGAACGAAACCUCAGCCGGAUUUUUCGGGCUGGGCAUAAGCCGAGUCUGGAAAGCAGUCACAGAUUUCACUUCCUCCCAACCACAUCAGCAAAUGGCGGAUGAGGAGGAUGAAGAGUCUUUCGUCGCUCGUCCCUACCGUCCUUAUUCUGAAGUAAUGAGCGAAAACGACACACCUUACUCCACUCGUCGUCAACCUUAUGACUAUAUCGAGUCUGGCACACCGAUCAAAGCACAAAGCCUGAAUCGAACAGGCACAGUGUUGAAUGUCAAGUCUACCAAUCAACCAUGGAGUACCAGCGAGAGGAAAAUGACCACCGCAGAUUUCAAGGAAGCCCUUCUCGCCAGCCCUGCUAACAAGGAGGUUCAGCACCGUUUCCAACCUCUUGUGCAGCAAUCUGCAUCUCCGACCAAGCAAAAGCAAGCAGCACAAUCGCUAGCGCCGAGAAAGAGUCUGUUACUGCAGCGAGCAAUCGCAGCCAACAACGGUGGUGUGAGAGAAGGCAACGGCGACUCGACUGCAUUUAGGGAUUACAGUGAUCUGGUCGCGUGCUAUUCGACGCCUAGCGAUGCUGUCUUUUCGCCGGAAACGUUCGGGGUGGACGAUGGGGAGGAAGAGGUGGUAGCUUCGAUCAGAGCUCUUCCACAAGCAGCCAGUGAAGGAUCAGCAUGGGCAAGGGCGAACAAGCUUCGACCACUUCAGAUUAGAGGUGCAGGAGGAGGUGUGCAGAGGAGCAAAACAGCCUCAACAGCCUCCUCGGCUUCUGCUGAACCUGCUUCUCGACUUGGUCCUGGAUUGGGCGGCAAAGGAACGAUGUAUCACUCUGUCCUGAAAAAACAGCCUUGUGCUCGUCAGCAGCCCGAACAAACGUCGCCUCCUUCAGCUGCAAAGAACAUGUAUCCGUACACUUCGACUCAACCCCUUCGACUGAACAAAUCCGAAAUGGCCAUUCCUCAACGCGGCUCUUCAUCAGCCACCAAACCACAAUCCUCUUUCCCAACUGGCACAGUCCUCCCUUCCUCGCUACGAAUCGCCUCACGGGAACCCUUAACAAAACCUUACAACCAACACCAAGGUUUCCCGCCAUUCCCCCAUCCACACCACCCACACUAUAGAUCAGCGACCUCAGCUUCACCACCAAAGAGAACCAAAGCAGUCUCCAAUCGCUCCAACCGAGACGAAAACAAGGCCGACAUGGAAGCAAGAACUGUGAUGCAAAAGGCAAAAAAUCAUUCUACUGCACUAAAGACUGUCGACCACAUUGUUUGGCAAAGUUAUGCCCAACAUCAUCAACAUUACUCUUCCUGA